GACUGGAUUGUUGGUGUCUCGCGUUCAGCUGAUUCAGACUUCACUCAGUGAUGUGCAACCGUUUCGUGCGGUUGGUUGGGUGUUUGUGAUGUUUUAAACGCUUUAUAGUAACUUUCCGCACAAAAAUAAAGGGAAUGGACUGUUACGGCUCUGACACGGAGAAGGAUGAGCAGCAGAAGCCGCUGCUUCGAGAACACGAAGACAAAGUCCGCAAAGCCCCUGUGUGUGGUUCCUCGCGCUAUGGCCUGGCGCUGCUCUCUAGCUACGGCUUCUUUGUGGUCUACUCCUUGAGGGUGAACCUUAGCGUGGCAAUGGUGGAAAUGCUCAACAGCACCCACCAGUCCAGUGCAAACCACAGUGGCACAGUGUGUCCCAUUCAUUAUGACCCUUCACAACCCAAACACAACAACACGGCCAGUGUGUACAACUGGAACACCAAGACUCAGGGCUGGAUCCUGGGAUCCUUUUUCUACGGCUACAUCCUCACGCAGAUCCCCGGUGGCUACCUGGCCGGACGCUUUGGACCCAAGUGGCUGAUGGGUUUUGGAAUUCUGCUAACUGUAAUUUUCACGCUGCUUACCCCUGUGGCUGCUGAUCUGGGUUCAGGGUAUCUCAUUGCUGUGAGAGUAAUGGAAGGAAUUGGAGAGGGUGUCACUUUUCCAGCAAUGUACACCAUGUGGGCGGCGUGGGCCCCUCCACUGGAGAGGAGCCGUCUGCUCACCAUUUCAUACAUUGGAGCCCAGCUGGGGACGGUCAUAGCUCUCCCUCUGUCUGGGGAAAUCUGCUUCUACCUGGACUGGACCUACAUCUUCUACAUAUUUGGUGCUGUUGGUUUGGUGUGGUUUGUCCUGUGGGCUUUUCUCGUCUUUGACAGUCCAAACACUCAUCCACGGAUCUCAGAGCUGGAGAGACUUUACAUCAACACUUCACUCAAAGACGAGCUGUGCACAUCAUCAGGCUACAUCCCCUGGCGAGCCAUUGUGACAUCCAAGCCGCUGUUGGCCAUCAUUGUGGCUCACUUCUCCUACAACUGGACCUUCUACACACUUCUCACUCUGCUUCCUACUUACAUGAAUGAUGUGCUGGGAUUCAGCAUUCAGCAGAAUGGAUUUCUGUCUGCUCUGCCGUAUGUUGGUUGUGCCAUACUGGCUGUUGUGAGCGGUCAAGUUGCUGAUUAUCUUCGAGAGUCUUGUUUCUACCCAACAGUCGUGGUCAGGAAGGCUUUCUCUCUCAUUGGAAUGAUCGGGCCAGCAGGAUUCCUGGUGGCAACAGGGUACACAGGCUGCAACUACAAGCUAGCUGUGGCCUUCUUCACAAUCUCCUCCUCUCUGGGAGGCACGUCGGCCUCAGGCUUCAACAUCAACCAUCUGGACAUCGCUCCUUCGUACGCUGGUAUUCUACUGGGAAUCACAAACACCUUUGCCACCAUUCCAGGCAUGGUGGGACCAGUCAUAGCAAAAGCUCUCACCCAAAAUAACACGAUGGAAGAAUGGCAGAUUGUCUUCUACAUUGCUGCUGCCAUCAACCUGUUUGGCUCAAUAUUCUACACCAUGUUUGGACGCGGGAAGGUUCAGCCCUGGGCCGUCCACACGCCCUUGUCUCACGGAGACUGAAGCAACAGAGAGAAGAAGAAACUCAUCCCGUUAAAAUCCAUCACAAAGCCGGUCACUGGGUCAAAGACAAUUUUAAACUGAACUGUUGCCAAAACCGUAAAGAGGUGUCAGAGGACACAAACGAACAUCACAAAAACUCAGACCUUUUUAGCAAAACUAUCGUCCGGUGGUUACGGUUCAGUACGGCUUGUUUUAACCAGCAGACGUUGAUCUAGAUAAUCACACAAGCUUUCUUAGAGCACACUGUUUAUGAGUUAAGCUAUUUACGUUUAGUUUCAUUGUUUUUAGUUUAGGUUUUUGUUAAAUUGUUGAACUCCAAAGUUUUUUGCCAUUUUUAUUACCAGCUAUGGUUUACAUGAGACAGGUGCUGUGAUGAUGAUUAUGACCAACUGCCAGACACCAGCAUUUCUUUUUAAAACAAGAAAGCAAGACAUUUUAAAUUUAAGUAUUGUGUCUGUGAAACGGACACUUGAAAGAAAAAAGCCUUAGUGUGAGGCCCUUAUGAUAUCCUGUGAUGUAAAGGGAAUCCAUCAGUGCACGAAAGUUUGAUGGCUCUUCAAAUGGAAAGAUCACCAGGAACCUCUUUAGUCAGGUGAACUAAUGCACCUGGGACAUACGGGUUACAGCUUUAAGGGAAAAUGAAGAGGAUACUGGUGAGGGCUACUUUAUUUGCACUUUGUUUUCAACCGCUUCAUGCCAAGUUAAAAAGAUAGUUGCCACAUUAUCCUGAUGAUCUCACUUUUAAAUUUAGUAGUACUUUGCUUUUUAUCAAUACAGCCAGCAUCUUUAGCCAAACUAAACCUCCAAAAGUUAAAUAAUUUGUUGAAACUACUUUGAAUAAGUAGAAUGGGCAGUUAAGCUGAAGUAAUGCAACCGUGCCUUAUUCAGAUAAUCCAGCUCUUUACUGACAUUUCUUUCCAGCUUGUAACUGUGUUUGUUUACACUGAUACUAAAGGGACUUGUUUGUUUUAUCACAGUUGUUACUGUGUUAUAUGUUUAUUAUGAGCAUUCCAAAUGACUGCUAUGUAAUGAAAACAUAUCAAAUACAGGCUUAAGCAAGUCUGA